AUGGCGGCGGGGCCUGCGGUUCGCCCUGAGUGUUGCAGCGGGGAGGAAAAGGGCCGGAGAUCCCCCCGCAGGAGGGGCUCCAAAGCCAUCCCAGGGUGCUCUGAGGAGGAAAGACCCAGCCUGUGCUGGGAAGGCGGCCAGAACUUGAGGCAGAGCUUUGACCUGGUGGUCCCUGAUCAGCCUCCCAGCAGUGACAAGCCCUUCAAGUGCUUGACAUGUGGGAUAAGCUUCAGGAAGAGCACCCACCUCCUCAGCCACCAGAACAUCCAUACUGGGGAACGUCCCUACACAUGUGGGGAAUGUGGGAAGAGCUUCAAGUUCAGCUCCAACCUCCACACCCACCAGCAAAUUCACACCGGGGAAUGGCCCUAUACAUGUGGGGAGUGUGGAAAGAGCUUCAGGCGGAGCUCCGCCCUGAUCCGACACCAGCACAUCCACACUGGGGAACAGCUCUACCCAUGUGAGCAAUGUGGGAAGAGCUUCAGUGACAGCUCCACCCUGAUCGUGCACCAGCACAUCCACACUGGGGAACGUCCCUACACAUGUGGGGAAUGUGGGAAGAGCUUCAGGAGCAGCUCCAACCUCCACAACCACCAGCGCAUCCACAGUGGGGAACGACCCUACAAGUGCUUGGAAUGUGGGAAGAGGUUUCGGACCAGUUCAGAGCUCCUCGUGCACCAGCGGACGCACACGGAUGAGAGGCCCUUCUGCUGCACCAACUGCGGGAAGGGCUUCAAGCACAACUCCACCCUCGUCAAGCACCAGCGAAUCCACACCGGGGAGAGGCCCUACAAGUGUGGGGAGUGUGGGAAGAGCUUCACCUGGAGCUCUAACUUGACCAAACACCAACGGACCCACCAGUAAGAGAAGCCCGACAAGUGCCCCAACUGCGGGAAGAGCUUUGGGUGCUACUUCCACCCUGAAUG